UUGAAACGAAUGAAAGUCGUGACGAAAUGUAGAAUCUCAAGAACCUGGCCGGCCAAUCGCCGCAUGUGCACUCAUUUGAUUCUUUCAUUUUAUCUAAUUCCAUGUGCGCUCAUUUCAUUAAUUUCACCCACUACACUUAGUCCCACUGUCAAUCGUUGACUACAUCUCAGAUUUCUCUCAAAGCUGCUUCAGCCCCCUUUGGCUUGAGAUGUUGAUGGUUUCUUGAUUUGAGGUAAAGAAAGGGUUAAUUUUGCUGAGGAGUUUUAUGUGGAAUUGGUGAAUUUGAGCUUUGAUUUUGAGUCAUGGUGGUGGGCCAUUGCCAUUGCAGUCCCUUUUCAGAACUUAGCCAUGAAUUUUGAUGACAGGAAAGGGGUUGAUUUGGAUUUGAAUUUGAAUUUGAAUUUAGCUGAUGGUAAAGAUAGCUCUUUUAUUGGUGAUUCUAGUGGGAGAGAUGGUGUUUGGUGAAAUUAAGCCCAAGAAAUCGAAUGUCGAACAAGGUAAAGAUUUCCCUUUUGAGCAUUUGAUGAGGUUCUUGAGCCAUUUCCCAAAAUUCCAUGUGUUUGCUCAAGAUCACAAGUGCAAGGAUGAGUUGAAGGUUUCAGAGGGUAGACGAGCAGGCGGGGGUGGAUUUUUUGCGAAUUUGAGGUUUUCUCGAGUGAGAGGAGAGGAAUGUUGUGGUAGUACAAGUAGUGACAACGUUGAUAAGAAUGAGUUGUUGAGAGCUAAUUGUUUCAAAUUUGUAACAUUGAAAGAAUUGGUUGAGCAUUCACCUCCAAUAGGGGGAUUUUCCAAGGAAGAUCAUCCAGACGACAAGGAGCUUCUCUCGGUGCAGCAUUUCUUCAGAUACACUGAAGCUCAAGGGAAACGAUUAUUCCACGAGCUGGACAGAGAUGGCGAUGGGAAAGUUACCUUGGAAGAUCUCGAAAUCGCUAUGACAAACAGAAACCUGCCUAGGAGAUACGCAAAGGAGUUCAUGAAGCAUACUAGGAGCUGUCUGUUCUCAAAAUCUUUUGGAUGGGACGAAUUCUUAUCCGUGAUGGAACAGAAAGAAACAGCCUCUCUUCGAACUUAUACAAGCCUGCGCUUGAGCAAACUCGGGAUGCCCCAGAAAGAUGAGAUUUUGACGUCGCUGAAGAAUGCAGGACUUUCAGCUACUGAAGAUAAUGCUACAGCCGUGAUGCAUUAUCUGAAUGCAAACAACAAAGAAUCUAAAUCCUACGCACACUUUCGAAGCUUCGUAAUGUUGCUCCCUUCGAAUGAUCUUCCAGAAAAGCCACGAGGAAACAGCUCCACAAGAGCUGAUGCUUUUGAUCCCCCUCGAGUUGAAAUACAAAGGGAUAGUGUUUUCAAAACAGCAUUGGCUGGAGGAAUUUCGUGUUCAUUCUCUACGCUUUUAAUGCAUCCCAUCGAUACGGUUAAGACGCAAGUUCAAGCUUCGUCUGCACUAUCCUUCAUAGAGAUUAUGUCGAAGCUCCCUCAGCUUGGACUCCGCGGAUUAUACUUGGGAUCCAUCCCAGCUAUAGUAGGCCAAUUUUUGAGCCAUGGCUUGCGAACUGGAAUCUGCGAAGUGACCAAGAUCGCCUUGAUAAACGUCGCACCUUCACUUCCAGAAUUACAGGUGGAAUCUGCGGGGUCGUUCUUGGGGACUUUUCUGGGAACAACGAUGCGAAUUCCAUGUGAGGUGCUGAAGCAAAGGUUACAGGCGGGCCAGUUCAACCACGUCGGGGAGGCUCUGGUCGGAACCUGGCAGCAGGACGGUCUAGGCGGCUUUUUUCGCGGCACUGGCAUGACUCUCUGUCGAGAGCUACCGUUCUACGUUGCUGGAUCCGGCCUCUAUGCCGAAUCGAAGAAGGCGGUCCAGAAGCUUCUGGGACGGGAGCUGGAGGCUUGGGAGACCGUCGUGGUCGGAGCCGUAUCGGGCGGACUAACCGCCGUCAUGACGACUCCGUUUGACGUGAUCAAGACGAGGAUGAUGACGGCUCUCCAAGGAGAGCCGACGACGAUGUCUGUCGUUGCGCUCUCCAUCUUGCGCCAUGAGGGGCCCCUUGGGUUGUUCCGAGGGGCCGUUCCGCGCUUCUUCUGGGUGGCUCCGCUCGGGGCCAUCAACUUCGCCGGCUACGAGCUCAUGAGAAAGGCCAUGGGCUAAAUAAACGCCCUUCUCUAUACAUUUUCUUUGAGUAUGUUUUUGAGAUUUGGUUGAUGAUUAAAACUAGAUAUGAAUCAAAUGAUAAUGAUUUAUUUGGUCAUUAGUUCAAUUACAUAAAAGUUUAAUCAAGAUUUAAUUCUUAACCAUAA